GUCGGUUACAGAUCGAUAGGAUUUUAGCGAGUGGCGGUGCUGUCAAAUAGGAAAAUCCAUUCGAUAAUAAUAUUUAGUGCGUUCGAGAUUAGUGUUAAUUAUCUUUGCAGGGUUAUAAAUAAUAGUUGUUGGAGAAUGGGUUCUGAGGCGGUGCUGGAGGGUCACUACGUGCAGUACGCCCAUUACAAUUUCGAGAGCACCAGUGUGGAGUUAGGAAGGGCACAAUGGCCCAACUACGAUGACCAGCACUACCUCAGGUCCUGCAAGUGGUCCCCAGAUGGCACAUGUCUGUUGACCGUAGUCCGAGGGGCUGGCAUGCACGUCAUGGAACUGCCAUCGGAUCUGUACAAUGGGGACUCGAUCAUGAACAGCAGACAGAUUCAGGCCCUGAUGCCAGCGGUCAGUGUUCCAGAGAGUGGACUCAUCUAUGAUUACUGCUGGUACCCUGGAAUGAACAGUAGCACAGCGGCCACCUGCUGUUGGGCGGCUUCUGGACACGAGGGCCCCAUUCACUUGUGGGACGCAUUCAGUGGUGAGCUGAGAUGCUCGUACAGGGGAUUUAAUAGUGUCGAUGAAUUGGAGGCGGCGAUUAGCGUAACGUUUUCAGCUGAUGGUCAGAAUAUUUUUUGUGGUUACAAGAAGAAUGUUAAAAUUUUUAGUACUGGACGACCGGGACGGGAAUACGUUGAGUACCCUACCAACCAUCCAGCCUCCUGUCUGGUAGCCAGCCUCGCGCAACCCGGUGUAGUUGCAAUCGGUACAUGGAAGAAUUCGAUAGAACUCGUGAGUCAGUCGGACGGAUCUUUCAGGCAUCUGUGCAAACUGACUGGACACAAGGGCGGUGUGACGACGAUGGCGUUCAGUCAUUGCGGUAUGCGUCUUUACAGCGGAGGCCGCAAGGACAAAGAGAUCAUCUGCUGGGAUCUGCGUGUGCCGGGAAGGCCUCUGUUCUGCGUACCACGAGACGCCAACACCAACCAAAAGAUCACCAUAGACAUCUCCAGUUGCGGCAAAUGGUUGGUCUCCGGCGGUACCGACGGCAAAGUGCAGGUGUGGAACGUCGAGGAAAACAGCACGCCCACAACGCACUAUCAGUUACCGUUGCACAAUGAUUGCGUGAAUGGCGUAAGCCUGCAUCCGUACAGACCGGUGUUGGCGACCGCCAGCGGACAGCACCACACUCUCGACCCGUUGCACCACACGAGGAACACGCAGAGCUACGAGAACGCUCUCUGCAUGUGGUGGGUGGGCAACUCGCACGAUGAUCCCGAUUACAUCACGUCCAUCAUAAAGGCGGCGUCGAACGUGUGACGUGAUGCGUAUUGUUUCAACGUCGCCGCCGCCUGCACCAUCAUGAUCAUCAUCACCACAACAUGCUCCUCCAAUCAAAGUGCGAGUAUGACGACAAUCACGCCUCCAUUCAUUCGAUCCGUUUCCAUUGCCAGCCAAUAAGAAUUGAUGAUGGUGGGACUAUGGACGUUACUUUUGGUGUUGUUGUACAAAAUAAUUACUACUAAUUAAUAACAUUAAUCAGCAAACAAACAAAAGUAUAUAAUUAUAAAAAUAUUGAUGAACUAAACACGAUAAUCGUUGUCGUCGUCGUCGUUUAUAACAAGACUGUGUCUACUAUUUCUGCUCGCGUUAACUCGUUUCAUUCGUACCUAUUUUAUAUAUAUAUAA